AAACUAAGCGCCUCAGUUGUUAAGUGAUGACAAUUUAAUCACAUUUUCUUUGUACUUUUAGAACAUACUACGGUUUCAAAACAACCGCACAAAUUAUGACUUGAUCACAGAAACGCUCAUCUUCCUCGAUAUCAUCUGCGGUAGUACCAGUGGAAGCUUGGGUCUGCUUCAUGAAAUCAACGAAUACAACGUAUCACUAAUCAAUCAGACCUUGAUUUCUCUGACCGAGUAUUGCCAAGGCCCCUGUCAUGAAAACCAGAAUGCUGUAGCGAUGCAUGAAGCGAACGGCUUGGACAUGAUCAUUUCACUGGUACUGAACGAAAUUAAACCCCUUGUUGAUCGCAGUGUCAUGUUGGCCCUCGAGAUCAAGGUACUCAUUAUCUCAUCUGCAUAAUA